CAUUCUCACAAAACCUUAUUCUCCGAGUCGAAUCAAGAGUUUCAUUAUUUAAACCUUUACAAAAAAAAUUUGUUUGAUAUUUCUUUCGCCCGUAAAACAUAUAGAUAUUGAUUCAUACUCAUAAACCUAUUCCAAUUGUAAAACAAAGAAACAAAAACUAAACAGUUUGAUUUUAGCUGUGUGAUACCAUAUAAGACUAGCAAUGGAGAUGGUCACGAGGAUGGUUUUGGAGAGACCAGUGGUGAUAUACAGCAAAAGCUUAUGUUGUAUGUCCCACACGGUCAAGACAUUGCUCUGCGAUUUCGGAGCGAAUCCAGCCGUUUACGAGCUAGAUGAGGUAUCAAGAGGGAGGGAGAUUGAGCAGGCCUUGUUGAGGCUUGGGUGUAGCCCAGCGGUUCCAGCGGUUUUUAUUGGAGGAGAGUUAGUUGGUGGAGCCAACGAGGUCAUGAGUCUUCACCUUAACGGCUCAUUGAUCCCUAUGCUUAAGAGGGCUGGUGCAUUGUGGGUUUGACUUACUAUAUUUAUCUAUAGUUACUUAACACUAUAUAAGAUAUAGUUACUUAACAUUACGUUAAGUACGCAGAAUAAUGUUUUUUGUUUAAAUUUCAGACACAUCUAUGAUAGUUGACAUGGUGAUCAUAUGAGUCCAUGUAAGAUCACUAAUCAGGGUGUUGUCUUUUAAUUGUUUUUGAGCUUAUAUCAGUUAAAAAUGUUCGAGUUUAUAUGAACUUGUAACAAAAUAUAUUGACCUGAAGGAUGUAAUAUAUUAAUUAGAGAGAAUUAUAGUUUUUUUUUCUAA